AUGAGCGCCGACGCCGCCGUUCCGCUUCCGUCCUCGUCCUCACUCCCUCCGCCGUCGAGCCGGAACCAUGGAGCGCCCUCGAGCGCCGACGCCUUCCUCGCCCACCUCUCGCGGUGCAUGCAGACGCGGUCCGGGGCCGAAACCGUCCUCCUCUUCGCCUGCUACGCCUCUCGGCUGACGGGCUCCGUGCUGGAAGCCGUCGGCGGCGCAGCCGCUCGACAGUCGGCGCGCCGCCGCCUCGCCGCCGCCGCCCUGGCCUUCAAGCUGCCGCCGUCAACAGCCGUCCUCGUGGCCUCGGCCGCGCCGCGACCCCCGCUCGCCGCGCUCGCCCUCGGGCUCGGCGGCCGGUUCAAGGCCCUCGCCGCCAUGAUCAGCGAAACCCGAACCAUGGGCCGCCUCUGGGGCCUCCUGGGGCUCUACUUUGCCGCCAAGAGACUGCUGCUCAAGUCCCGCGCCGCCGCCGCCGCCGGGAGCCCCGAAAAGACGCCCCCCGCCGCGGCAAGCGACCCGCCCGAGGAGGAGGCGCUGUUCGACACGCUCGUCGCCUACGCACAGGUCGCCUCGCUCGUCGUCUACCAGGCCUCCGAGAACGUGGCCUUCCUGUCGAGCAGGAAGGUGCUGCCGUUUUCGCCGACGACCCAGGGCCGCCUGGGCCUGCUGAGCGUCCGCGCCUGGGGGCUCUACGUCGCCAUGGAGGGCGCGCGCUUGCUGGUCGAGCGAAGCCGCCGGACGGCCGGCGCCGCGGGCGCCCCCGAGGACGCCGAAUGGGCGGCCGCCUGGAACAAGAGCUUCUACAGGAACCUGGCGUGGGCGCCGCUGACGGUCCACUGGGGCUCCGCCGCGGGCGGCUUCUUGCCGGACAUGGCGGUUUCGCUGCUGGCCUUUUACCCGGCCGCCGGUGCCAUGGCGGACUUGUGGCGGUCGACGGCGCGGCCGGGACAGACCGCCGAUGGAGGACCGUGA